AUUAUUAAAUUAGCAUCAUCGCAUUUAUCACAGCACGAUUAGUAAAAUGGUAAUACAACAGGCUAAACGAAAAGCUCAGUACAGAUUAAGUUAGUAGGUAGAUAACCUGUACAGGUGGUUACCGGUGAUCAUCAUUGACAUAAGAAUAUUCUGUCAAUGUUUUUCAUGCAGGUUAUAUAUAGGUUAGGAUAAAUAUGAGAAAAUGAGCAACCACCUUGCUCCAAGUAAAUCGACCGUUUACGUGUCAAAUUUGCCAUACUCCUUAACCAACAAUGACAUACAUCAGCUGUUGGAAACUUACGGGAAAAUUGUCAAGGUAACCGUGCUGAAAGACAGAGCAACGCGACGCAGUCGCGGUGUCGCUUUCGUGCUGUUUCUUAAAACGGAAGACGCCGUAUCUUGUGCGAAAGCUCUCAAUAACACAGAGGUACUUGGACGUACUGUGAAAAGUUCCAUAGCGGUUGACAACGGACGCAGCACUGAAUUCAUACGUCGCAGAGACUAUCCGGACAAGUCACAGUGCUACGAAUGCGGAGAAGGGGGGCACUUGUCGUACUGCUGCAGCAACAAUACGCUGGGUCCCAGGAAGCCGCCACCGAAGAAAGUCAGAAUACGGAAGAAAGGCACGAAGCAAGAGAAAUGCGACACGAGUUACUUUGACAGCGACAGUGACGAGGCGACGAGAAAAUGGAAGCGCAGCGCUGAUGCCGACACCAAUGACACCGAUAACAUCGAAGAUGACUGUGCUGAAGAGGAGCCGGAGACACUGAGUGCUGUUAUUGCGCUCGAGCAAAAACGGAGCGAGAUGGAACGGCGAGAAACGGACAAAUGUGACGAUAAAGAGAUCUUGACCGUACCAAAGAAACGUUACAAGAGAAAUAACUACUUCAGCGAUGAGGAGGAUUUUAGUGAAUAAUAUAGAAUAAAAUGUAAAGUCUGAACGGUAUUAAUACUUUGCCAACCGCGUCAGUUGCGUUCAACCAAGUUUUCGCGGAGCGCACGCGAUAAUAUAUUUCGAUUUAAUAUCUAUAACUUUAUGUGUUAUUGCGUUAUGAUGUUUAUUGUGUUUAUACGAAGUAACAUGGCGCGAUAAAGUUGACAAUACUCGUUUGCUGGUAGAGUACUCUGCACUCAUGACGCAUUACCGUAUAAAAUCAAUUCGAGCGGUUGGCAUUGUGCUAAAGUAAUAAAUGUAAUUAUGUAAAAGAGAGUUGUACAUAUUCGAAUAAUAAUAAUAAUAAUUUAAGUAUCACAAUUCUGUGAUUGCAAAAUACCUAAUUACUACUAGAUAUGUGUAAUUAUAUCGUCUUUUUGUAUCAAUACAAAAUACAAUAAAAACAAUAAAAAA